AUGUGUCGGUACAAAUUGCAUCAUUACCCUGGCUGCGGCCACAUUGCCUCUUGGGGCAUGGAGGGCUGCCCCGGCAUCCUCAAGUCUAUGGUCCAGCACAAGAGCGAUAUGUACUGCGAAAACUCAGAGUUCACCCACGACCUGGUCUUUGGUGUCAACUCCAAGGACUGUGAGAGGUGUAAGACUGAGCCAAGAGUUGAACUUACCCCAACCAGCGAUGGUCAAUGGCAGUUUACCCAGCUCGAAGGUAUAGAUUUGGUGUCCAAGGGAUACCCUUUCAGUGGGUCUGCGAAUGUCACCUUGGGAGGUAUCGCCCAGAGUUCCCUCUCGACUAUUCGAUGUGUGCUGCACAGAUGCCUUCCGAUGGACUACCCCUUUGAACCGGGUUGCGAGAGCGCCGGGAGCGACGACGGGAUGCAGAAGAUAGACGGUGGAAAUUCCCCCUUCUAUGAGUCCCCCGUCGAGCUCGAAGCUCCCUCUAGAGCGCUGAGUCCCUCCCCUUUACAGUUUCAGUUUCCCACACUCGGAAAGGCAGGAGAGAAUUUCCUGUCCAAGCCAAACAAUAAAAAAGAUGUUAAGCCGCAGCCAACGAAGAAGAGAAGAAGACCUGCGCCCAUCUUCACCAACAUGCGCGUCGUCACUGAUGCGUACGUCGAUCAUCAGGUGACCCCAUCCCCUGACGCAAUGGGUGAGCUGUCACCUCUUCCGUCCCCGAGAUUCAAUGUUCCGGACUAUAAAAAGCCAAGGAGUGAUCCUGCAGAUCUCGACGACCCUCAAAGUCCCUUCGGAACGCGCCGGACUCAUUCCAUCAAUGGGGAAAGACUCGACCAGCCGCCUGUCAACAAGGCCACGGGCUUCUUUCAGUCCCCGCCUCCCAACCAGGCAGUGACGCCCCCUAACAGCCGGGAGAGCGAAUCUGUCAACGAGGAAUUUGAGCUCAUUGCGCUCUUUGACAAGAUGCACAAGGGGCUCGGUAAUGGAUUCCGUGCUAAUCACGAGGUUUCAUCCUUCAGUGAUGACUCGGACGACGAUGAGAGCUUGAUUGGCACCGACGCCGAAGAACCUACAGAGUCCUCCGACCUGCACCCAGUGGACGAGUCCUAUUUCAUUACCCACAACCAUGGGAUGUUCGAUAGGUCUCCAAACCAGGGCGGUGAUACCGCCGCCGAGUGUAAAACCACGGGCGAUCCCAUAGUCACCCCGAAGGGUGUCCAGUCUGAGCGAGAUGUUAGGCUUCUGGAGUUCUUUGAGGAGUGGGGUAUGCCUCUGAUUGCUCCCCUAGCCCCGAAGAAACGUUAUAGAUUCGAUGAAUGGGUCCAAUCUUUCAGGGCCGCUCGUCGGAGAUUCAUUGCCCAGUCUUCUCCUACCCAGACAUUUUUCGACAGAAUUGAAGAAGGCUGGUCUCAGCUCCCGUUCAGCCGAGGGUCCCCGUCUCUCUCGAGAGGCCCCCUGUUGACGCCUCCAGGACUCGGAUACUCGAGUCCUUUGAUCCCCUCAUGCCCAGUGACCCGGGACCAGGCGCUCCCCCCUACGCCUGAAGAGCCUGAGAGUGUGCCUCCAGCUAAAAAGGAGCCAUGGGUGCCGCCUCGAUACCGCCAAAGAACGGAUCUGCCGCCUGGAUACAGCGAAAGCCCGGAUCUGAAAUCCGACGAGGGUGUAACCUUGCCGUGCUACCCUCAAAGCUCAAUGCUUCCCAAACGGUUCAAACUGGUCCAUUCUCAUGGGUGA